UUUUUUUUUUUAUAGGAUAGAACAGUUUAGAGGAGACGAGAAGAGGUGUGCCCUGACAACAGGAACGGUAGUUGACACGAGAUGUGACUUUUGUCCACAGCCUUUACUUGCAUUUCAGUGACGGGGAGUUAUGAACGGCAAAUCAGCUAACUUCAACCCGGGAGUCGGCGGUGUGUUGUCGGCCUGUGAAGGGCUCCCGCCGCUACCGAAGAGUCUCAGCGGCUUGCUGAACUCCAGUGGCGGUUCCUGGAGGGAGAUGGAGAGAAUGUACGCAAAAAAGACCAUGAUCCAAGAUGAUCUGAGUCGGGGUCGCAGUAACACCGAUAUCGUGGUAUCCAACAAGCCAGCUAACCUAGAUGCUGCCCUGGCACUCCUAAGAAAAGAGAUGGUUGGGUUAAGGCAGCAGGAUAUGUCUCUGCUGUGUCAGUUAUGGUCACUCCAUGAAUCAAUUCAAGAAUACAAAGGCAGUUGCCAGGACAUGUCAGCUGUAUCCAAUGCAGAUGGCUCCUACAGUAUGGAAAAUGGCUUCUUUGAUGAAGAAGAUGAAUACUACCAGGACACAAGUAUUACCCCAAAUGAACACAUGGAUUUGAAUGCAUCAGUUCCCAAAACUCUGAACAACAAGAACAAGUGGAUGCAAGACUCCCUUCAUAUGAGCAUCUAACAGAGUCCAAUAUACAGGUCUCCUCCUUCUCGCUAAUUAUGUGCUCAGUUCUACUCUACUAUUAGAAGACUGCCAUUUUAUAGAGAAGUUAUUCAGUAUUCAGUUAAAUUGUCCUCUAAUAUCUUUCUAAUGAAUUUUUCUGUAUAACCAAUUAUGAAACUAGUGUUUAUUAUACAUUUAUGACUAAACAAUUUUGACACUGACAUACCAUAUAUAUGG